AUGACAAUGAAUUUAAAGAUCAUGAAGAUCACACAUUACACUCUAAUUAGAGAGAAAUUACCUUUUAUAAUGAAUAAAAAACAACAAUUUAUAAAUAUUUUAACUAAUACAAUGAAAAAUGAUAUUGAAGCAUCCUAUCGAUUAGGAUCAGAAGUAUCAUAA